GAUUGGCUGGUGGCGCCGGCGGCAGGUGGCACUUCCGGGAGCGCCCGCGGCCGCGGCGCUCGGGCAGGCCCCUCCGGCACCAUGAGCGCCGAGACGCUGGUGAAGGACGUGAAACCGGGGCUGAAGAACCUCAAUCUCAUCUUCAUUGUCCUGGAGACCGGCCGGGUAACGAAGACGAAGGAUGGGCACGAGGUACGGACGUGCAAGGUGGCCGACAAGACCGGGAGCAUCAACAUCUCGGUGUGGGACGACGUGGGGAACCUCAUCCAGCCGGGGGACAUCAUCCGCCUCACCAAAGGCUACGCCUCCGUCUUCAAGGGCUGCCUGACGCUCUACACCGGCCGUGGGGGGGACCUGCAGAAGAUCGGGGAGUUCUGCAUGGUUUAUUCUGAGGUGCCCAACUUCAGCGAGCCCAACCCCGAGUACGUGGCGCAGCAGGCGCAGAGCAAAGGGGCCCAGAACGAGAGCGCAAAUCCAGCCACAUCGCAGACCCCCCCGGGGCCCCCCGCAGCACCCACAGCCCCCGACAGCCAGAACGGGAACGGGCUGAGCACGGGGGGCCCCACGCACCCCCCCGCCGCCGCGCACCCCCCGAGCGGCCGCAUCACACGCAGCCAGCCCGGCCACCCGGGCCCCCCCGCCGGCCCCGUCAGCAACGGCAAGGAGACACGUAGGAGCAGCAAGAGAUAACGGCCGGGACCCCCCCGCGGCCCCGCCACCGGCUGGGGGGGGCUCCCUGCUGCCCAAGCAGCCCCCCGGGGCCGCCAUGGAGCGCGGGGGCCACCUGGGCCCCCCCACAUUGCGCUGGCUGGCCUCGGGGGUCCCGGGCAGGAUGGGGCUGAGCCGCAUGGCUGCUGCUCCCGGGGUGGGGGGGUCCGCAGCCCCCCCAGCCCCCCCACAUGGCGGCUGGACCCCGUCGGGGUGGGUGUUAAUAAAGGUGUUCC